CCGACUGUAAACACAGGGGAUGUGUGUUCCCUCAGCGCGGACUUCUGGGCGGGGCCGGGGAAGGGCGGUCUGCCGUUUUAUUGAAUAGAGCCGUGCGGAUUGCGCUGCCUGCCUGCCCGCCUGCCCGCUCGCUGUGCUCCCGCGGAAAGAAGUCCGUCCUGCCUCUCUCUCCCGCUCAGUCUCCGGGAAGAAGUUCCAGCCUAUGAGGUAUCCUUAAAACAUUCCAAGUUCACCCAAUCGAAUCCCAUAGGGAUUGGUGAUCAAUAAGAAGGCUCAGACGUGGAUAUCUGAUUGCUUAACCAUCCAGACACCAUCUGGUCUCCCUAAGCCUGAAACCACGCCAUGGAUGAUUUUGAGCGUCGCCGGGAACUGAGGAGGCAAAAGCGGGAAGAGAUGCGCCUGGAAGCAGAAAGAAUCGCCUACCAGAGGACUGACGACGAUGAGGAAGAGGCCGCCCGGGAACGGCGCCGGCGAGCCCGACAGGAAAGGCUGCGGCAGAAGCAAGAGGAAGAAUCCUUGGGGCAGGUGACCGACCAGGUGGAGGUUCACGCCCAGAACAGUGUGCCGGACGAGGAGGUCAAGGCCACCACCACGCACACGCAGGUGGAGGGCGAUGAGGAGGCCGCGUUGCUGGAGCGCCUGGCCCGGCGGGAGGAGAGGCGCCAGAAACGCCUGCAGGAGGCGCUGGAGCGGCAGAAGGAGCUGGACCCCACCGUCGCCGACGCCGGCUUGUCUCUGUCCAGCGGCGGAAGAAUGCGGAACGACGCGGCCGAAGGUGACGACGCGGCCGAGAAGGAAGAGAAAAGCGAAAGUCGCCGAGAGAGAUACGAGGUCGAGGAAACGGAGAUAGUCGCCAAGUCCUACCAGAAGAAUGACUGGAGGGAUGCCGAGGAGAAAAAGAAAGAAGACCAAGAAAGGGAGGAGGAGGAGGAGAAGCCAAAGCGAGGGAGCAUCAGAGAAAAUCAGGUAGAGGUGGCGGUGGAAGAGAAUGCAGUAGAAACUCGAGAAGAAACAGCGGGGGUGCCUUUGAAAAACGGGCAGAUCAGUGCAGAGGAGCCUGCAAUUGAGCAGGAGAGGGAACGCGGUUCCGACGAGACGGCCCUUAACGAAAAGCUGGAGGAGGAGGAAGCAAGGGAAAGGGCCCAGGCAGAGAGGCUCAGGUUGGAAGCAGAAGAAAGAGAGAGGAUUCAAGCUGAGCAAGCCCAAAAGAUAGCAGAGGAGAAGGCCAGAAGGGAAGCGGAAGAAAAGGCAGCUGCACAGGAGAGAGAGAGGAGGGAGGCAGAGGAGAGGGAGAGGGCGGAGGAGGAGGAGAGAAGGGCGGCGGAGGAGGAGAGGCAGAGAGCAGAGGCAGAGGAAGCCGAGAGGGCUAAGAGAGAAGAGCAAAACCGCGCAGCGCAGCUAGACGAGAAAAAGGUCAAGGGGGGGAAGGUGGAAGAGAACACAGACGGGAAGCGAGUCAGGGAACAGAAAGGACCCGAAGAUAAACAUCAGACAGCUGCCCGAAAGAAACAGGAAGAAGAAAAGGGGGCUAAAGUGCAACUUAAAAGAGAAAAGUCCCAAGAAGACAAGCCUGCCUUCAAAAAAGAAGAGAUCAAAGAUGAGAAGAUUAAAAAAGACAAAGAGCCCAGAGAAGAAGUGAAGAGCAUCUUGGAUGGAAAGAAGGGGUUUACAGAAGUGAAGUCGCAGAAUGGAGAAUUCAUGACCCACAAGCUUAAACACACUGAGAAUACCUUCAGCCGCUCUGGAGGGAGGGCCAGCGAGGCCAAGGAGGCGGAAGGGGCUUCCCAAGUGGAAGCUGGCAAGCGCCUGGAGGAGCUGCGCCGCCGUCGUGGCGAGACUGAGAGCGAAGAGUUCGAGAAGCUCAAACAGAAGCAGCAAGAGGCAGCCCUGGAGCUGGAGGAGCUGAAGAAAAAGAGGGAGGAGCGAAGGAAGGUCCUGGAGGAGGAAGAGCAGAGGAAGAAGCAGGAGGAAGCAGAGCGAAAAGUCAGAGAGGAGGAAGAGAAGAGGAGGCUAAAGGAGGAGAUUGAAAGGCGAAGGGCAGAAGCUGCUGAGAAACGGCAGAAGAUGCCAGAAGAUGGCUUAGCAGAUGACAAGAAACCAUUCAAAUGUUUCACUCCCAAAGGUUCAUCUCUCAAGAUAGAAGAGCGAGCAGAAUUUUUGAAUAAGUCUGUGCAGAAAAGUGGUGUCAAAUCAACUCAUCAAGCGGCUGUCGUCUCCAAGAUUGACAGCAGACUGGAGCAAUACACCAGUGCCAUUGAGGGGACAAAAGCUGCAAAACCUAUGAAGCCAGCAGCCUCAGAUCUUCCUGUUCCUGCUGAGGGUGUUCGCAAUAUCAAGAGCAUGUGGGAGAAAGGGAAUGUGUUUUCAUCCCCCACCGCAUCAGGCACGCCAAACAAGGAAACUGCUGGCUUGAAGGUGGGGGUUUCAAGCCGCAUCAAUGAAUGGCUAACUAAAACCCCAGAUGGAAACAGGUCACCUGCUCCCAAACCUUCGGAUUUGAGGCCAGGAGACGUAUCUGGCAAGCGGAACCUCUGGGAAAAGCAAUCCGUGGAUAAGGUCACAACCCCUGCCAAGGUUUGAGACAGUUCAAGAAAGAAGCCAGAGUAGCCACUCAAGAUGCUGGACCAGCUCAGCUGAAGAGGGCUAAUGUGCUCUGUUUUAUAUUUAUGUUGAUUUACUAAAUUGGGUUAAUCUCCUUUUGUUUUAUUUUUCAUUAUCCCAGUAAGCCCAUGUAUAUUAUCACUAUAUUUAAUAAUCACAGUCUAGAGAAGUUCAUGGUAAAAGUACUGCCUUUGCACAGGAGCCUGUUUCUAAAGAAACCCAUGCUGUGAAAUAGAGACUUUCUACUGAUCAUCAUAACUCUGCCUGAACGGUGACACCAACCACGUCGGAAGUUGAGCAGAAGAAGGUUCAAGCUGGAAAUAUGCCUGAGGAAUGUGUGCAGUGUCCAGAAAAACAAACCAUAGUAGGGGUUUGGGUUUUUUUGUUUUAAAUACAGAAGUCAUGUUGUUUCUGCACUUUAGAAUAAAGCAUGGAAGAAAUGAUCUUAGUAGGCAAUUGUAACACUUUCUGAAAGUAAUGCAUUUCAGAUUUGAGAUUCUGCAAUGAUGAUUGUCUUUUUUUAAAACGUACUGUUAAGGUAUUACUUUUUUCAUGCUGAUGAUUAUCUAAAUUGGAUGAUGAUGUUAGAAGACAGUGGUACUGAUUUCUUUAGGUUGGUUGCUUUGUGGAUUUCUUUGGUAGUGAUAGUGAACCACAUUUUAGAUGACCUGAUCAUGUAUGUAUGUGCAUACACGUAUACAAACACACUAAUGGUAGAAAGCUUCUUUUAUGUGCUAGACUAUUAUAUUUAGCAAGUAUGUCCUUGUAACUAGCCAAUAUCACAGCUUUUCAAAAAUUAAAAAUCACAUUAUAUUAAUAUUCAUAUUUGCCAAUAGAGACAUGGCAGAAUAGGUAUCAAUAUAUCUUCAAUGUCAAUAAAUAAACUGUAAGAAAAAAGAGAGAUUCGAAAUGUCAAAAUGAAUUGACAUUUUCUAUAAAACAUAGUAUUUAGCUUAUAAUGAAAAGCAAUCUUGAAGUCCAAUGUGAUUUUACUAAAUCUACCAUCUGGAUCAGACUCAAAGCUUGCUGAGAACUUUAUUUUGUUAGCAAUCAAAUUCACAAUAGGUUGGCCUAGAGGAUAUCUGAGGUCUCUUCUUUGUCUAAAAUUUAAAGACGAGAAUUUUAGUGACAAGAUUGUCCAGAUUGAAAUUCCAUGUAUGGGUAUGCAAAGACCAGCUUUGGCUAAUGUCUGGAAGCAGAAAAGAAAAGUAAGUAAAUUCCAGUAUUUAAGAGUCAUUCUUCUUUAUUAUAGUCCUUCCAUCUUUAUUAUACUAAACCAUUUUUUAAAUUAAAAGUUUCUACUUUUAUUAGUCAUUGGUACUUGUCAUAAGUUGACAAGGUAUUGAACUUUCAAAAAAUAUAUGUAACUUUUAGUAGUUUUACUAUUUUCCCCAAGAGUCUUUAUCAAAUCAUCUUUUUUAUACACGUAAUCUAGACAUCAAAUCUUACUUUAGCUUAUAAGUGUUCAUCUAUUCUUCACAAUAGAUGAUAAAAAGAGUACUCCUCUGUCUUGGCAAUAUGUUUUAGCAUAGAGAUAUAUAGGAUAGUUCUAUAAACUUAUACCUCAUUUGACUUAACCAAAAGUGUCCUACUCUCAAUUUCUACCACAAUGAGGGAGCCUCACAAACGACUAUUUUCUAACCUACAGUAUUUCCCUGGAAGAGCUAGCCAGGGCAGGCUGACAUGAGCAGUGACUACUGCCUUGCAGAGUCUGUUUUUCUCAAAGAUCAGUAGAGUAGCUGAAUUCUCUAGCUUUCAGCACACCUGGGCCAAAGGAAGGAAAACCACCAAGACUGCACAAGUCAGCCACCCAUGACAGAAUAGAUAUGAGUCUAUGAUAACCUAGAACCCACAUGUAGUGCCUGAUUUAGCAUUGACUCCCAUCACUGGAGUGAAAUGGAUCGAAGUUUGUAUUAAGGCCCAUGGCAAUAUAACAGUACUUUGUUGUACUUUUGAACAAGAGCUUCUCCUGAUCACUAGUAUAUAUAUUUUUUCUAGAAAGUCUAAAGUUGAGAAGAGAAUAUAUCGAUCCUGACUUUUAUUCCAAUAUUUGGAUGGAAUAAGUUUUAGGGUAGAAUUUUGUUCCAUUUGGAUUUAAUCUUUUGAAAAAAAUAAAUCCCAUGUUUACUUGUUUGA